AUGAAUGCGGAGAAGAACUACACUCGCAUCAUGACGUACAAGGUGUUCGAGAACAUGACGACUCAGGAGUGGACUCACAACAGCAUUUCCAAAUUCACCAAGUACCAACCGCAAUUGGACGUGUUCCUAGUGCAAUACAAUGAUCUAAAGGUAUAAAACACGCGCUGAUGAACUAUUUUAAGAUGUACAGAGAGUGGCCCUUGUGUCGGGAACGGAACUCAACAACUGUGAGACUGACGAAACGGACUGCCCGGAAUAUGCGUACGACGACAUCAACACCAUCUUCUACUUUAUGUGUUGGGACAAGUCGAAGAACAAAAAUGGAUUCUAUGGCGAUUAUAUUUGUGAAGAGAAGCUAACUUGA